AUGUUCGAACCCAGAGCUACUGGGCCCGUUUUUGUGCCGUUGCCAGACUACGUCGGACAAGGACUUCAUACCGACCUUGUCCGGGUGGGGCGUUUCCCAUGGAGGACUGAUUUUGACACUGCGAACCUGUUGAUGGUGGUUGAAGGCAGGCAGGUAAGGGUAGUAUGCCUAAGCCCUUUCUGGGGGGCAGGUCAUGUCACGGUGGUUGAGGCUGAGGCCUCCUGCACACACUCCUUUGGACGAGCGGAUCGUGACAGGAUCCUGUGGGCGGAUGGGUACGCGCCGGUCUGGCCCUCCCCGGUUGCCUGUGAACUGGCUGUUGUCCCCACUCCGCCAGACCCAACUACCGUGUGCAUCGUGGCACGGGUUUGGCAUGCCACUGUGGCCCUUCUGCUACCACGGGUAGUCACUGUGGAAUGGCUGCUGCGGACGCUGCGCCAUGCCUUCGGGCGACAUGCCCUUACACUUGCGCUCCCGCCGCAGCUUAGACGACAGGCUACUGCGGCUACGUCCUACCUUCAGCUCCGGUCCGGUGAUUAUGUCCUUGCCAUCCCUGAGACAGCACGGCCUGGCACAACCGCCACAGACGAUGAGUCUUUUGUGCGCCAUGCGGUUGCCUGGAGUUUGCCUUUUCAGAUCCUCACUCCGAUCCGACUGCGGCUCUGGAGACCGGGGCAAUCCAUGCCGCAGCAGCUCGAACUACCUCAAGGUGAUACGUGGGAUCCGGACUUCUUGUCCUUUGCCUCGUUCUCUCGGGCCCAUGUUGCUGGCUCCUGGGUCCCUGUCCCCUGGGUCAGCGACGAAAUCCCCAAUAUGGUGUGCACUGCGAGCCAUGGGCGAGAAGCCACCGUUCUCCAUGAACGUGAUGGCCGUUGCUGUUGUCUCAGUGUGGAUAACCCGAGCUCGCUCGAGUGCUUGGCCACAGUUUUGUCAGCAGCCCCUUCCACUGUCCAGGUGUUGGGCCUUCACAUCCAUGCCGACCGGCCCAUCGCACUCCGCGACGGUGACAUCAUCAUUAGUGCACCAGCCACCCCCACCUCGUCAGACCCUGAGACUGCGGCCUUGCCAAAUGCCAUGAGCGGAGCUGACUCCAGCUCGGUCUGCAAACUCGUACCACCUCUUGGGGUUGCCCUUUGUAGUCUCAUCCCCCGAAGUUUCCCACGAGGACUUUGCCUGCUGGUUACCUUAGGCGGCGUGGGAGCGAUGGACCCAGAGGGGCAAGAUGACUCUGAGUCUGCCACUCGGCCUCGCUCUCGUUCUCCCCCUCCGGGCUUCCUUGCAUCUACAAUGACGUCACCACCGGGACAGUUCGAUGCUGUCCCACUCGAUGCCCUGCUCACGGGAGAAGACCCUAGCGUGUCAGUUGUCCAGCUAUGGUGCCCUUUUGCGGGGGUCAGCGCACCUACAGCUGUCAGCCUGGCCUCGUUUUGGCAACAGGUGGAGACCCUCGCCACCGUCCACUCGCCCAUAGGGUCCACUGGAGCCAAUGUCUGUAACCCCCCCGUCAGACAAGGGACACUCCAGUUAGUCACCAGAGCUCCUGAAGAGUUUGUCACUGUCCUGGUGGAAGGGCUGGGGCAAAUCUUCGCCAUGAUGCUGCCGGCAGUUAUCACGUAUGAUGCCCUGAAGACCACAAUGACUAUCCGCGUUGGUGUACCGGUCAAAAUUGGGGCACCACUCCCAUGCCUUAUCUCCGGCAACGCUGAUUUUAAGCUCUACCUGCGUAACGGGGAUCGGUUGACGAUAGGAUUGGCUUCCUCUCACCCCUUACGGUUGGACCCUUGCUGCCCGUGGUUUUCCACUUGGGUUGAGGCCGGUGUCGCUGCGAUCUGGCACGCCCCUUUCAAAGUGGCAGAAGCAGGCGAGGUCGUUCUGUGGACCCCGGACCAGGCGCCCACCGUCGUCACCAUUCCGGCCUCCAGCGAAUGGGAUCCACGUGGUCUCACAAUCCGAAGUCCAGGCAGUGGGGCACUGAAUGGCCGCUGCUCAGUUGGUGCCUAUGUGGUUUCCUCGGGAAUGAACAGUAAUGGCCCACCCGUCCCUGACCCUGAUCUCCGGGACGGUGAUUGGCUUGCAGAUGGCGCUACGGGCAGGGCAGGUCCUCGGCCACUGCUGUCUCCAAUUAUCUUCGUACUUGUAGCUGCAAGUGGAACACUGCGGCUGCCGCGCUCCCUGUGGAUUCCGGUCCUGUGUAUCUCCUUCAGUUAUGUCCUGUGCGGUGCAGGCCUGCCUGGACAGGACCUACUGACCGGCAACGCCCGCCCUUCCGCCGCCUCCCUGUUCAGCGCUGGUCUUGGGGCUGGCCAUUUGUACCCACAUCACCGGACCCGGGUUCCGUGCCCAUCGCCUCUCACUUGUUAUCUUGCUGCCUGGGGGGCUCCGGCGCCUUCCACCCGCCUCCGCCGAGAGGAUACGGGAGCUGUUUACCGGGAUAUGACCGAUGUGGCUGCCCUGCAGGUCGGUAUUCUCAACGCCUGGGGCGCACCGCUGCACACGCUCAUGCCAGGCAAUGGUCACGCCGCCAAGAUGUGGCAGGCCUUCCCUAGUUGGCCAGGGGGGGUUCCCGACGCUCUUCUUGUCUCCACGGACGGCUCCGGACAAGGGGAUGGCGGGUGGGCCUUCGCAGUCUGGGCGCGCCGGAAAACUACCUGGUACCGUUUGGGUUGCGCGGCCGGUCCUCUCCUUGAGGCUAAAUGGUACCCGAUUCCGCCGGACCAAAGACACCCUUCCUUUGCCUCCUUUCAUGCAGAAAUGGCUGCGCUGUAUGCAGCCGCAGCAUGGAUCAGCACUUACUGCAGUCUGCACGAGAUGUGGUGCAGCUCGCGCCCUGCUUCUGUGACCAUAGCGGUGGACAACACUGCGGCCUUGGGUAUCGCGGCGGGGCAGGCCACUGCCCAGACUGCGGCGGCAAAAUCGUUGAGGUGCCUUUGGCAAUUGGUUCAGGCUAAGCACAGCACCAGGUUCUGCCACACUCCAGGGCACACAGGAGUCUUCGUCAACGAGGUUGUCGACACACUUGCCGGACUAGCAUCACAAGGGCUGGAAUGGAACCACCUCCCCCGGCUCACGGCGGCAUCGCUCUCCCUUGCCAUGGACGAGCACGGCCCCUGGCUAUGGGCCCUCCAUAGAUGCACGAUGUUGGCAGGCACGCCGUGGCUACAGCUUAGCGCAGGAGACGAACCACUGCCCACAGAACCGAAGGAGGCCAAGGAGGCUCCUGUUGCUGCUCCACCGGAGCAUGAUUCCCAGUCGGUUACGUCCCUGCCGAUCGUCCUUGUCUCUGCCAACGUUCAAACCAUUAAAGAUGACAAGAGGCACUUCUUCUCCGCUGCCGCAGGGGGACAGCACAGAGCCUUUCUUGUUCGUCAAGCUGAUUCGCUGGGACUUGAUGUCCUCUGCCUGCAAGAACGCCGUAGCAACCCGGGACGGUACUCAUCCGGGCCCUUUCUCACAUGGCGUAGCGGCCAUGAAAAGGGACAGUACGGAGUGGAGGUCUGGUUUCGCCGCACGUGGCAAGGACACCACCUUCAGCUGCAAGACUGGAGGAUUUUGUCAGCCUCACCGCGCUGGCUGCUGGUUCGCUGUCUCAGACCAGAUGUUCCGCUGGCCAUUCUCUCAGCACACGCACCACAUGCGGAGCGGCCCGAACAGGAAAUCCAUCAAUUUUGGGCAGCGAUUCGGCACGCACUGCACCCGCUGCCACCUCAUACCAUCCUGAUCAUGGGUAUUGAUGCCAAUGCGGACUUCACUGCGCCAGACGCAGAGCAUCGGCUCAUAGGGGAUCUUACUGACAGCAGGCCACCUAGAGAGGGUGAUCUAGAGCUGCUGUCAUUUGUGCAAGACCACCACUUGGAGGCGCCUGCUACAUGGAGUUCCCUUCACCAGGGACCCACCUGGACGUGGCAGCAUUCCUCUGGGAAACAGCGCAGGCAUGAUCACAUUCUGGUUGCCGCUGGCCACAUCACAGUGGACGAGUCCAAGUGCCUCCCUGAGUUUGACAUCGUCAACAGCACUCUGGACCACGUUCCAGUUGCCUGUACUGCGCGCGUAAGGGGUUGUCAACAGUUUACUAAGACCCCGGUUUCCCUGGCACCACCUGAGGCGACCGCCACGCACAUUGCCCCAGAGGUUUGGGCAGGCUUCAAGUACCCGGGCGGUCCACAUAGGGCCACCCUAGCCCUCACCUCCCGCUAUCACCGCCUGGCCAGCCGGCAUCGGCAAGCCAGUGGCAUCAUCCCGCGGCAACCGUACAUCUCUGACGAGGCGGUUCAGGUCCUCACAGCGCUGAAAGCCGAUCGCAAGAUCCUUCGUCAACAGGCUCGGACCUGCACCCUCAAUCAGCUCCAUUUGGCCUUCAAGGCCUGGGCGGCCCGCUCUGCCCCUAUUGAGCACAUCCGCGUCGGCAUCCGGAUCGGACACCGGGCCUAUGCCAGGACGUGGCUCCGAGUCCUUCGGGCGCGCGAGCAUGCUCACUUCUUGGCGAGAAGGGACAAGGCAGAGCACUUCCGCAAACUUACUGCCACGGCGACCGAGUUUUGGCUCGAUACAGGCCGUGCGAUGGAAGCCACUCAUCGGCUCAAAUGGGCCUCUAGGAAGGCCGCAGAGCGGCGCAAGGUUUUUGCGGCAGGAGGCCACGAUAUUGAUGCAGACCUGCUACUCCAAUUCCAGCGCCAGGAGGCCGGCAGUCGAGUCACGAAACAAGGGCUACUCGCCGCCUUCAGGGCCUCCGAGUCCCGCCCACGCGCGCCAUGCCCUGCUGCUCUGCCUUCCCUUCUUCAGGUUGAACAUCAAUGCCGACGCCAAAAGCUCCACAAAGCACCCGGACCGGACGGGUUGCGAAACGGGCUUUGGCGCACGCAGCCUGUGGAGGCAGCCCAGUGGCUUUGGAGCCUCUGCGCGGACAUUGCCGGUCAGGGCCGGGAGCCGCUCCAUUUUAAAGCUGCUAUCGUAUGUGCCUUGCACAAAAAGGGACCUGCCAGCGUCCCAGCCAACUACCGAUCUAUCGCGCUUCUCAACGGCAUUGCCAAGGUCUGGCAUGGACAGGUCCGGAAUUCCUUAGGUCAGGAAGUACUUGCUGCCUAUCACCCUCUCCAGCUGGGAGGGCGUCGAGGAGUACACACAGGCUUCGCGGUGUCUGUGUUCAGGUCUCUGACGGCCCUCAGCGACUACGCUAACCGCUCUUGGUUCGCUCUGUUCUUGGAUGUCCAAGCGGCGUAUUAUGAAGCUGAUCGGGACCUCCUCUUCGGCUGUCACGCUGCGGAUGACCGACAACUCCGCGCGACCUCCCUCGCAUCCGGUCUCCUUCGAGAUGGGGUCCUACGAAGACGGGGCAUGGCGGAGGAAGCGGUGUGUCUGCUCGAAGAUUGCGUACGGUGCUCGCACUGGACUCUCGCGGGGCACGAUGCCAUCAUCCUGGCUGGACGUGGCAGCAGGCCAGGCGACGGACUGGCAGAUGUCCUUUUCGGAGCGAUAUUCGCUCAGAUCCUCGACGAUGUUGAACAGCAGCUUGCUGCACAAGGCAUCGGGCACCACUCGGCGGUCGAAGCAGUUGGGGGUAGUUGCCGCCCAUUCCAGGUCGCUUGGGCAGACGACCUCUCGGUGCUUACUGAUGCCGACUCGGCUGAGGAGCUCGAAGCCACUGUCCCUGUUGUCACACGCACCAUCGUCGACACUGCUGAAUCCUAUCGUCUUCGUGUCAACUUGGGUGCCGGCAAGUCGGAAGGGCUGCUGCUCCUGCGAGGUCCAGGGGCACGCGAAGCGCGAGGCAGGCUUUUCUUGCCCCAGUCGCAGGUGACGUUUGCACCGGGGCGGACCCUGCGCAUCGUGGCUGAGUAUAAAUACUUGGGGGUGCCACAGACAGCGCCGGACAAUGGCAGGAGAGACGCUGAAGCCUCCGUUCAACGGGGGCAAGCUGCUUGCUUUGAUGGGCUGUCCUUUGGCUAA